AUGUGGGCAACUGGUGGCGUUGCCCGCGAGCUCCAGCUCGGCCUUACGCCGACUCCGCCUCAGUCUAAAGAAGCUAAGGGAAAGCCAUGGGACUUGGGAGCCUCCGGGCACUGUGGGGUCGCCGGCGACGUCGGGAUUCUCAGCGAGCGCCAGAGCUCUCGUUCCCUUUCUCCUGAAGCAGUGGAGGCGCUCCAUGUGCUGGAUGGAGCCUCCGUGUGGGCGGAGUCUCGUGAGGGCUGGGCUCCAACGCCUUCUGAAGAGGCUGAGAAGUACCUAGGAGCGCUCACCACACUGGCUGAUGUGUGCGCCUCCAGUGCGGCGAGAGAUACGAUCAUCAUCUGGGAGGGCAGCAGCAAGGGUUCGUCACAGAAAGAAGUGCACCCCAGAGGGACCCCAGUGCUGCGCCAUCUCUGCCGCGUUCUGUGCUGCUUAUGCAGCGUUUGCCUAUCAGAAAAUGGCAUUGAAUAUGGGGGCCCCACGUCUCCUCGAGGGCUCGGUUUGCCAGGAGCCUCUCAGAGUGAGGAAGCCGAUGUGCCCUCUGCAGAGGAUUGGCUGAGCCGGGGAGUCACCUUGCUGGGGGCCCUCAGUGGUUGCGGCCUGGCAGGUGUCGCUCUGCGGCGCGUGAUCACGACUCUGUACUGUAUCACUAGCUGCCUCUGUCGGUCCCUCGUUGCCACUCCAGACGCUGCUGCGCUGCUGCAAUCAGCUGAAGGGGACCAUGCAUUUUCUUUUCUCGCUGCGCUUUCCGUAGCGGCAGCAGAAGCAGAGACCCGGAAUAUGCCUUCCUCAGCAGCAGCUGCGCCAGCUGCAACACCAGGUGCGGGCGCUGCCGCUGCUGCAGAGCCUCCUUACUCCACGAUACCCAGUAGCAGCAGCAGCGAUAGUGUGCUGCUUUUGGCUUUGCUGGGUGCCUAUGAGGGCCUCCUUGCUCUCCCUGGCAUAGCCUCAGCAGCGCGCGGGGGCCCCUUGAGGGGUCUCCACAAGGCAGUGCAGCGGGGGGCCGCACGCCUGCUUGGGAAGGCGGCGAGCCUGCGGGAUUCUGCGGUGGCUGUCGUGGCGUGGCUAGUGUAUCGACGCCUCUCCAGCAGUGGCGGCAGCAGCGGCAGCAAUGACGGGUCAUUUAGCCCUACAAACGUUCGCCAUCUCCUUGCAUUGCUUAUUGCUUCUGUACGCAAUCACCUCCGGAGGCCUCUGGAGCAGCGGCUCUGCGCCCUCUGUCUGAGAGAGGCUCUCAAAGAACCGCGUAUGCAGCAAGCAGUUGGCAGCAGCACGCACGAUGCUGCCCUGGCUUUUGUGGCGGUCUGUUUACAAUCCUUGCAGACAGUAGUUGCUGCUGCUGCUGCUGCCGCACAGCAAAAAGCAACAUCUGAGACAUCAUGCGACACUGUUACGCCUGGCCAAGAAGGAGAUGGAGAAAAAAACAGUUUUUCUGUUAGGGAACAAUUGCAAUGCGCCUCCCCAAUAGCGGAGAUGCUGGCACUGCUGUGUCUCUUCAGCCCAUUUGUGAGGGCCUCUGUUGCCGUCAGGCUGGACACUCUACCACCAGCACAACAGGCAUCUCCUGAUGGUGCCGGUUUUGGAAGCAGCAAUGAUGGUACUCCAAGGGAACAGCGAAACCAGCACUUGCAGCAGCAAAACCAGCAGAGACAGCCAUCACAGACCUCUCCUGGGAGAGGUCGCAGCAGCGCUGCCCUUUCGGCUGUGAGUCUUCCGUCGCUUUUUUACAUAGCAGCAAACGGAGAUGACUUGGGUUGUUUGUACAUAUCAGCCUUUCUCGAGUUGUGCAUCAGCUGCCAAGACGCGCGAGGCAUAGGGAGGUACAUGUCUCACCAGCAAAGAGAAGAAGUUGUUGCCAGCUUGGCAGCAAACGCAGGCUUGCUGUUGCGCGGCGGUGAAAACAAGUCCCUGGGAUUGCGACGCGCAACGUGCCUGAGCCUCAUUGCCGCCCUAUGGGAUGGCACAGAGGCCCUCGGAUCUAUCGUGGAAACACUCUGUAUCCAUCCUCUUUCUGUAGCAGGGGAGGAAGCAGCACAGCAAGGGGACAUGGGGUUGCUGCUGCGGGCGCUGCAUGCAUCGCUUGAUCUGAGCGCUUGCACAAAGAGACACAUGCCGCGUUCCCUACGGCUGCUGCAGCGGGCGGCUGCAGCGCUGGCUGCUGGGCCACUUAGUUCACCACAGACGGCAUCGGAAGCAGAAGAGGCACUCUUGGUUGUAUACAAGUGCUGCGCACUGUCGAUCCCUGUCUGCUGGAGGGCGUUACCACCCAUAAACUGCAUUUGUUCUAGCGACAAAAAUGGCGCAGCAACAGGAGAUGGAGCUGCUGCAUGCGGAACCAGUACACAUUCAGAUUUAUGGACAGCAGGAAGCUGCCCCUUCAUGGCGCGGCUGGAAGGCCUGAGCAAAUUCGGUUGUGCCUCUGAAGACAGAUCCUGGCAGCUUAGCGGCAGGCCAGUGGCUGCUGCUCUUGUGGAGGAAGCUCGCAGCCGCCUGGUGGAACUGAAGGAGCUACGACAGACCAGGGCGGAGGCGAAGAACAGCGCCGCGCAGGCGGCGCAGCGCCUUGCCGUGACCAAUGAAGCUCAUGAGGUCAAAAUUGCAGCACUCUAUUACGCACCGUGCUCAAUGGAGGUGAAUCGAAUAAGGGAGGCAGCAGACAGGCAAGAGCGUCUCCAUUCCGCCAAAGAACAGCGCCUGACUGAAGAGGCCCGAAAACUGCGGCGUGAACUGGAGACCGAACAACAAAGAGGUAGAGAACUUGUCGCUGAGUUUCAAAGACUUCUAGAUGCAAAAGAAGAGGCUAUAGCCACUCUCCAGUCCAACCUGGGAGAGGGAAGGACCCCGCAUGUACCGGACAUUUCAGAGAUCUCGCGCGACUUGCAAAUACAGACGGCGAUUAACGUCAAGCAGAAGGAAGAGAUAUCCAAGCAAGAGGCGAAGCUAAGAUCGCUUUUAGAAAAGCAGCAACAUACAACAAACACCCUCACUGCGCUAACUGAAAAACACAGGCAGCUGCAGGAAGAAAAAAACAAACUGCAAAUCAACUACGAGAAGGUUCAGGAUGAAAACGAGCAACAAUUCAGACAGCUCAUUUUGGUGAUGAAGGCUCUAGCUGAACAGCAGGCAGAGAACGGAGUUUUGAAGGAGGCGCGCAUGCAUGCUGCGGCAAACAGUGAACAGCAAGCAAGGCAGAAGUUGCAGCAGCUGGAGCAACAGCUGCAGCAGAUGGCAAGGGAACAGGAGAGCCAAGCGAGAGCAGCAUCACUGCGCCAAGUCUCUCUUGAGGAGCAGCUGAGAGCCUUUCAAAAGGAAAAUGAAGCACUCAAGGCUCGCAAUCGGUGUUGUGAAAGCACCAUUGAAGACUUAGAAAAGAGACUGCAAACCGCAGUGGAAACUGCAGCAGGGGCCAGAGCAGCAGCAGCUGCCAAGUCUGAAAUGCUGAACCGCAUGCAACAGGUACAGUAG